CACGACGAUGGCCACGAGCAGCAGCCUGCGCCAGCGCAAGGCGGCGGCGCCGCCGACCGAGACUGUCACGCCGCCGGCGACCCACGCGACCGUCCUUGAGGAUGAUGCGAGCCACAGCGACCUCGGGUCCAUCCUCAUCUUGCUCGUGCUCUACACGCUGCAAGGAAUUCCGAUGGGCCUCUCGUCCAGCAUUCCGUUCCUGCUCCAAGAAAAGGUCGGCUACGCCGAACAGGCGACGUUCAGCUUGGUGUCGUGGCCGUUUAGCCUCAAGCUGCUGUGGGCGCCGAUCGUCGACGCGAUCUACUCGGAAACCUUUGGCCGGCGCAAGUCGUGGCUCAUUCCCGUCCAGUUCCUUUGCGCUGGCCUCAUGGUCUUUGGUGGCCCCUUUGUCGGCAGCGUCCUCGCCAUGGACGAGCCCGACGUGGUGGCGCUCACGGCGUUCUUCUUUGUCUUGUAUGCGCUCAUGGCGACGCAGGACAUUGCGGUCGACGGCUGGGCGCUCACGAUGCUGCACCCCAAGAACGUCGGGUACGCGUCCACGUGCAACUCGGUCGGCCAAACGCUCGGGUACUUCAUCGCGUACGUCGGGUUUCUUGCGCUCUACGAUCCGUCGACGUGCGACGCGUACUUUCGGUCGACGCCAAACCCGGAUGCAGGACUCGUGACCUUGCCUGGUUUUAUGGGGUUCUGGGGCUAUGUUAUGUGUGGCACCACGCUCUUCAUUUGGCUUUGCAAAACCGAAAAGCCUGAGACCGCCGAGAGCCUCUCGAUCCUCGAGACGUACAAGCAGAUGCUCUCGGUGCUGCGGCUUCCAUCCGUCCUGUCGCUCACGGCCGUGCUGCUCACCGUCAAGGUGGCGUUUGCUGCGACCGACGCUGUCUCGGCGCUCAAGCUCGUCGAGUAUGGCCUCCAGAAAGAGAAGAUGGCGAUGCUCACACCCAUCCUCGUCCCGCUGGGCAUCCUCCUCCCGGUCUUCUUGAGCCACCGCAUUCGCAAGGACGCGCCGCUCCAGCUCUUCCUCUACGGCAUUCCGUGCCGACUCGUCGUUGGCCUCCUCUACGCAGCGAUCGUGGCGGCGACGCCGACCGUGAUGGGCCACCACGAAGACGUGCAUUACUACUACUACCUCUUCAUUUUGGCUUCAGGCGCACUCCACGAGGUCGCGGCCAACAUGAUGUACGUGCCGCAAAUGGCGUUUUUCGCCCAAGUGAGCGACCCGUCGAUUGGCGGCACGUACAUGACGUACCUCAAUACCGUCUCCAACCUCGGCUCCAAGUGGCCCAACUCGCUGAGCCUUGCAUUCGUUGACUCGAUGACGACCCGCGUCUGCUCGAGCGACGAGACGAAUGCGUGCGCGACGCACCACACCAAGGUCGCUUGCGAAGGCGUCGGCGGCUCGUGCACUAUGAUCUGGGACGGCUACUUCACCGAAGUCGCUUUCUGCACGCUCUUUGGCGUGCUCUGGCUCCUCUUCGUGUACCAGCGCCUCGUCGCGCUGCAGCACUUGCCCCUCUCGGCGUGGCGCAUCGCUCCGCAGUAGAAGGUCGUUAAUAGUCCUUUUAAACAUUUUCAUGUCUGUCG